ACAACAAAAUAUUGUCUCUGACCCCAUGCUUUUGGAGCUCUGUAUGUUUCUUGGGAAAUAAUUUCAGCCUCUCACUGACAAUCUAACUUUCAUUUUCAUUUUCUUCUGGAAAAUGGUGGACCAGACAGAAAGGCUUCUCACACACCGUGCGCACUGAACAGGUAUCAACGCGACCAGCCACUUAUUAUCUAUCGGGCGCAAAAAUCAAGCGCUUUAAGAUGUUAGAAGAAUCAUCAGAGCCAGGGUGGCUAUCUGAAGAAGUAAAAACUGGGACCACCAUCAUUGCUAUUGAGUUUGAUGGAGGUGUGGUGCUGGGCUCUGACUCUCGAGUGUCUGCUGGGGAGACUGUGGUGAACCGGGUGAUGAACAAGCUCUCUCUCCUCCAUGACAAGAUCUACUGCGCCCUGUCAGGCUCGGCUGCGGACGCCCAGACCAUCGCUGAGAUGGUUAACUACCAGCUGGAUGUGCACAGCAUUGAGGUUGGAGAGGAUCCUCAAGUUCGUUCAGCUGCCACUCUGGUGAAAAACAUCUCGUACAAGUACAAAGAAGAGCUGUCAGCACAUCUCAUUGUUGCAGGGUGGGACAAGAGAGGAGGGGGACAGGUGUACGUGACCCUGAAUGGCUUGUUGUCCAGACAACCCUUUGCGGUAGGCGGCUCCGGAAGCGCUUAUGUCUAUGGGUUUGUUGAUGCAGAGUACCGGAAGGCCAUGAGCAAAGAGGACUGCCAACAGUUUGUUGUCAACACACUUUCAUUGGCCAUGAGUCGAGAUGGUUCGAGUGGAGGUGUGGCCUACCUUGUCACUAUCGAUGAAAAGGGUGCAGAGGAGAAAUGCAUCCUGGGCAACGAGUUGCCCACUUUUUAUGAUCAGUAAAAACUGUGUUGUGAAAACUGAAACACUCAAGUUGUCGUAGUUAUUGAACAGUGAGUGGACAUUUGGCCGACUUAUGAACAAACAGUAUUAAAUCUACACAGGAUAUAGAAUGUUUGAAUAAGGUUAUAAAUCAUGCUGGCACAAUGUUCAAUAUUCUCAUCCCCACAUCACUACACAUACUACUUUUGUAUUAUAUUCAUAAUAGUUAAGCCCUCUGUUGAAGACACUGAUUUUAUUUUGGGCACCCAGGGACCUCAUGCUGGACUGUGUCUUUGGGUGGUUCACAAGUCAAUAAACCAUCUCUCAAUUAAACUUUCUUUGGCUA